AGUCACGCUGCGAGCAAUCACGACCUAUUCACAAGUUGGAGCAGAGAAAAGUAGUAUAAGUACAAUAGUAGCAUCUGGACUGUCAGCCAUGAUUUGGUCGAAGAUGCGACCAAAGAGAAAGAUGCGCAUCACUGCACGUUGAAAAGAACUUCUUGGAAAGCACUUCCGUCUGUGGAGAGUCUCCAGAGCAUCAGCUGCGUAGUUUCGCAGUAGCGGGCUGCGAAAGGUGCAAGAAACACAGUCUGAUCACCCCCUUCCUCCUACCUCCACGCACCGCACGGGGCUGACGCCCAGCGCAUUGAAAGGAAGAGUGAUUCUUGCAGCCGUGCUCCUUGUUUCCCAGCACUACGUGCAUCAUUUGCUGCAAAAAUGGCGUCCAGCAGCUCCUCCUCGGGCGGCGCAUCAAUGUCGAUGAAGAACAAGUCGUCGAAGCAGCUUUUGCUUGCGAUGCAGCGCUACAUCGAGAACAUGCUGGACCGUGUCCCGGGCAUGAAGGUACUCGUCCUGGACCAGGAGACGACGGGCAUCAUGAGCAUGGUCUACUCCCAGUCCCUAUGGAUUGCAAAUAUGUCUGGGUCUGGAAGAGCCAAACUUGUGAUGCUGCAUUUGGAUGCUAUAAAAAUCUGUAUUGCAGCAUGUUGAGCAGCAAGAAGAGUCAAAUUUGGCUACGCGGAGAAGACAUUUGCCAUGCAGGAUGCGCAUCGAUUGGCGCUCAAAAAAUCUGUGAUGCUAUGGCAUACAACAGAGACGUCAUGGAUCAUGGAAGAUGUGCACGACAAACUUCUCCUCUUCCAGACGCAGACAUUUUUACAUUUGAUAGUCCCAAAUCCUCGAAAAGGAGGUCUUCCUUGUCGAAAAGAUAGAAACGGAGUCCGCCAGCGGGGAGUCGGCCGGGCGGCACUUGACCGCGGUCUUCUUCAUCCGCCCGACGGACAAAAACUUCAUGCUCUUGAUAUGGAGUUCUCAAAUGUUACAUUCUGAACUGUUACAUGAAUUUGUAAUGCAAGACUGGCAAAAGUGAAAGGAGAAAGAUUGCGCCUUUUGCAUUACAAGCUUGGCGCAGAUUAUGAUGCUGUCUAGCCCUUCCGAAAUUUGUCAUGCGAAGCAGCUCGAUCAUCUGCCGGCUCAAGGUACUUUUGCAUGACAAAUUCAUGUAACAGUUGGGAGUGUAACGUUUGAGAACGCCAUACUUGACCAAGCAGCUGAAGCUGCAGCGGUACAAGAGCUACCACCUAUCCUCUGCAAAAGUAUCGUACUCGUAGUAAUUGCAUUUAUGCAUUACAAAUCCAGUUCCUAAGGCAAAUCCGCAUUACAAAUUCAAUUUGUAAUGCUGAGCCAAUUUGUGUUGCAAUUCAUACUGGUACGAUGCUUUUGCAUUUCAUACCACCUGUUUUUCACCAAUUCCGUUCCGCACCACCGACUCGAGCAGUUGGCGUGCUGCGACGAAAAGGAGUUGGUGCAGCAGGUAUUUUUUUAUCGCAGCACGACGGUAGUUGUUCGAGGGAUUUGUUGCGGUUAUGAAGAUCGAGAUACGGCAUACCCAUACGCAAUGUUGAUGAGUUUCUACCUGUACAACCUCCGAGUUGAAAAGGAAGAUGUUCUCUCUGCUGUGCCGAGGAAAUGAACUGGAGCAUCACAUGAAAAAAUCUAACCCAGGUGCAAGAAAUUUUCAGCGACGUGUAUGCAGUCACCGACUCGCUUUUUUCCCUGAAUCAAGCGAGCAAUAUUUGGAUGGCGGUGCGAAACCCGGUGCAUUGGACGGCGUACGAGGAAUCGAUCUUUCAGCGACAUGUCGAGGGGAUUUUGAGCAGCCUGCUCUCCCUGCAAAGCAUCGACGGCUCCAAGCCCGUAAUACGCUACGCCCACGGAUCGGUCAUAACGCAAAAACUUGCACAGGAACUGACGCAGAGAAUACGGGACGAGUCGGCGCUGUUCGGUAUGGUUUCGUGCUCUUUGUUUUGUGUUUUUUAUGUAGGCGGGCCGCCUAUUGGAAACGCAUUCUGUCAUGCAUGAAGCGUACAACGUCGACUACGGCGACGGCCUGUGUCUGUGUGAAUAUCGCUUUACUUAUUUAUAAUUUCCUUUCCUCCAUCCAGGCUCCAGCCCCUCCCAGCAUACCGGCGCUCCACCGAGGACGGUGUUGAUUGCGGACCGGCGGGACGACCCUGUAACCCCGUUGCUGAACCAGUGGACCUAUCACGCGAUGAUCAACGAGCUACUCACCUCGGAAAACAACCGCGUGGACUUACGGAAGGCCCCCGGGAUUUCCGCCGAACAGAAGGAAGUGACCAUAUCAACCAAAGACGACCCCUUUUUCGAGGAAAACAUGUACUCGAACUUCGGCGACUUGGGAGCGAGUAUAGAUGCCCGUUUUUAGAUUGGUUUUGCAUUAUUUGGUGCUCCGAAUCAAUGGUGGUCGUGGUCAACACGGUCACGGUCGGGCGAGAUGACGCAAGCAGAACAGAAUGAGUCGUGCUGAAAAUAUUUUCUUCAUAUAUUCUAAUGGAAGCGACAUAGCGAUAUUAGCUCCUCCAAUCGUCGAAGAUCGCGUUGAAAACUCGUCUCAGAUAUCAAGCGCUAUUUGGCCACGUUCCAGCAGCAGACGCAGAACAGCCAGAACAUCGAAACGAUUGAGGACAUGCAGAAUUUUGUCGACAACUACCCGGAAUUCAAGCGUUUGUCUGGAAACGUCUCAAAACACGUCGCCGUCGUGCACGAGCUCAGCAGAAUUGUGCAGAACUGUAUCUAUAAUAAAAUGAGACCGCCCUUCUGCCUAGAAUUUUUCUUGGCUAGGCAGUUAGGGUUUUAGGAUUUAGCAAGUUUAGGGCUCCUAUAUUGAUUCUCGGUAGACCUAGACGUAACUGUGACAAACUGUGACAAUGUUUUGCGUCGCGGUCGCCGUCGGUGAAGCAUUUUGCCUGUGGAUUGACGCACAUCAAAUAAGUAAAAGCCAUUUCAUAAUUUUCGUUUUCCCAACCAAAACUGCAGGUGGCCUCCUUCAAGUUUCACAAAUCGAGCAGGAUUUGGCUUGCACUGAGGCCCGGAACACGCACUUUGAUCAGGUGAUGCAAAACUUGAAGUCGCCGGAUUUGAACAACAUGGAGCGGCUCCGCUUGGUCUUACUCUUCGCCCUGCGCUACGAGAACGAGCGGGGAGCCAUUGAUUCGUUAAAGGAAGAGCUGCGUAGAAGCAAAAUCGACCCGGAACAGAUCCAGCUUGUGGACUGCUUGCUCAAGUAAUUUUUCGUGUUGUGGUCUACUCCGCUUCUUUUUCUUGUUGAAUGUCAAUAUGCAGGAGCUGCAGUGCUAUGCUGCUCGCAUUCCAAAAACAAAAGAAGGAACAAGGCUUAAUAUUUCACUAGACACGACCGCACGUCUUGUGCAAAAAAUCCAGGUACGCCGGCGCGAACGUGCGCGGCGGGGACCUUUUCGGCAACAAGACGUGGCUGAACGCGGGGCUGACCCGGUUGGCGAAGGGCUUGAGCUUCAAGGGCAUUGAGAACGUGUACACGCAGCACACGUCCGUCUUGAAAUCCGUGGUAGACCAGCUGAUCAAGGGAAAGCUGCGGGAGUCCGAGUUUCCCUUCACGCCCGGGAUGUUCGCGUCUUCGAAGGACCGCGCACCAAACUAUCAAAAGGAAAAAUCCCCCCUGCCCAUAUCAAAACGGAAAUCUGUGAUGCAGAUUUGUUGUCACAAAUCAGCUGUGUCAUGCUACACGGGAAAAGAUGCGGACUGUAGUGCUGGGUGGCGUGGGGGAGCCUUGCAUCUUCAGCAUGAUAGGAGGCAGCUGAGAGUGGGAAACAGCAUGACAAAUUGCCUGCAAACGAGACCACGACUGCGGCUCUUGGCCUUCUAGCAUGACAAGUCGAUUUGGUACCUCAAAUCCUGCAUCACAGAUUUCCAUUUCGAUAUGGGGAGGGGGGAUUUUUUCCGUUUGAUACAAACAUCUUGGUCUUCGUGGUCGGUGGCUGCACGCUGGAGGAGGCGCGGGACCUCGCAGAUCUGGCCAAGGAGCAGAGGUGCAGCAUCGUGCUGGGUGGCAGCUGCCUGCACAGCAGCAAAACAUUUUUAGCGGACGUGGCGCAACUAGCCAGGACGAGGGGGUGAAGAAGUUGGAACAGACUCUUGCUGAAGAUGGAUGUCUAGUUAUUGCACUAGCUCUAGCAGCAGAAGUCGCCGCCUUUAAAUCCAGCUCUGCCACCAGAUCUGGCUUCCUCGCCGCUACCAUUAGGACUUCUACACGGAACAGGACAUUACCAUCACGGAACCUGAUGGUAUGGUCCUCUUCCACCUGCCUCAUGAGAGACAAGACAGGAAAGAUAAGUAUUGAAGUAUCAAGGACGUCGCCGCACACAUGCCGACGGUCAUGCUGAUGAUGAAGCACCGGCGCAAGGGGUCGGGAGCACUCCUGGAACGCCGAGUUAGUACUAUGUGUCGCUGUCGAAUCUUCACUGUCAGAAUGCGCAGGAAGAUGCAACAAUGAAGCUCGGAUGGAGAAAUCGUUUUUACGUUUGUGUCGCUUACGCACCUACUAU